AAAGGCCAAACAAUAGUAAUUAAAGGCGUUUAUUAAACAAAAUAAAUAAAAAUAAAUUUAUACGCCGAGAUAUUCUUCUGGCAUCAACGGGAUUUCUAUCUAUUGGUCUUAAUAUCCGUAUGGAUUAAUACAGCAAACCCCGAGGAGCUGUCGGAUUAUAAUCCUAAUCUUAAACAGAGGUGAGAAGACUGAGGUCAAAAGUAUCUGGAAUUAAAAGCAACAUUCCAGGUGUGGUCAACCUCCUGUGAUGUCAUGGGUCUUUUUUUAGUUUUUUAACAUUAAACUUUAAUAACUCGCCCCCUCCUCCUCCACUCCCUCCCCCUGUCUCUCCCCACUCUAGAAAUCUCGGCACUUGCACCUCCUCCUCCUUGUCCUCGUCCUCAGUGCUGUCAUGUCCGUGUCCCUGUCCACUUUCCCCGUCAUGCUGAAGGACAAGAGCUACCCAGCCGGGAUGAUGAAGUCCAGUCCGGCCCGCGGCUUCUACCCUGCUCCUCUCCCUGCUCCGCAUCACUUCAUGGACUUCUUCCCGCAGACGCACAGCCUCCUCCACCCGCUCAAGUCUCUGGGUCGCCUGGUGUCGGACACUCAGGCUGCUCUGCCUCUCAGUCUGCCAGGAGCAGGAGGGGCAGCCGGGGCUCCGCCAUUCCUCGGUCAGGGCGCACACCAGGCGUCGCUCCUGCACGAACACAUGUUGAGCGUCUCCUCCUCCUCUAACUCCUCCGGGAUUCCCUACCUGAGCCAGGUGCUUCCUGGACACCCGCUGUUCUCCAAACCCGAGGAGCUGGCAGCUGUGGUGACGGAGCACGCCGCCGGUCCGCUCUCCACAGACUUCAGCAGUCCGUCCAGUGACCGCUCUACUUCUGUCUCCUCUUCAUCACCACCCAAGGACGCUCUGUUUCGGUUCAGGAGCUCGGAGGUGUCUCCGGAGAAAUCUCGCACGUCCUAUAAUUUCACGGAGGACGAUUUGUUCAUGGUGCUGUACGGUUACUCCGGCAGCCAGGAGCGCAGCGUGGGCCACGCCAUCUCAGGAGUGAGUCUGCCGGAGAACUCAGUUUCUAACUCUCACAUCCUCCAGUUGGACAAAGAAUCGCUGGAUCUUCCCGAGGCUCUAACAAUUCUCCAGGCCUCGUGGGGAAACGUCUCUCACUGUGGAGUCUUCACGGACAAAGGCAACAUCACCAAAGGAACCCGCUUCGGACCUUUUCAAGGAAAACUGGUCAACACGAGUGAAAUCAAGACCUACGACGACAACACCUUGAUGUGGGAGGUAUAUGAUUGGUUCACACUCAUCCAGAAACAUCUCUCUGUCCCCACUCUCAUCUCAUGGACUGACCCCCCCCCCUCCCCCCUUGUCCUCCAGGUGUUUGAGAACGGCCGUCUGAGUCACUUCGUGGACGGCAGAGGAGGGUCAGGGAACUGGAUGUCCUUGGUGAAAUGCGCUCGUUUCCCAGAGGAACAGAACCUGGUCGCGGUGCAGGUCCAGGGUCAGAUCUUUUACGAGGCCUGUAAGGAGAUCAGAGCAGGCCAGGAGCUGCUGGUGUGGUACGGAGACUGCUACAUGCAGUUCCUCGGCAUCCCGCUCACCCUGAGGGACGGCAGGGAGGAGAACAGCGCGGUUCCUCCCAGUGAAGAUUCCGGGGAGGGAUUCAAGUGCGACAGGUGUGGGAAAGUGUUCGCAUACAAAUACUACAGAGACAAACACCUCAAGUACACGCGCUGUGUGGACCAGGGGGACCGGAAGUUCCCCUGUCACCUGUGCAACAGAUCAUUCGAGAAGAGGGACAGGUUGAGGAUCCACAUCCUGCAUGUGCACGAAAAACACAGGCCACAUAAGUGCUCGGUGUGUGGGAAGAGUUUUUCUCAGUCUUCCAGUCUCAACAAACACAUGCGCGUUCACUCUGGAGAAAGGCCGUACAAGUGUGUCUACUGUAACAAGGCCUUCACAGCCUCCAGUAUUCUCCGCACUCAUAUUCGGCAGCACUCCGGAGAGCGGCCGUUCAAGUGUAAACACUGCGGGAAGGCCUUCGCCUCUCACGCCGCCCACGACAGUCACGUCCGGCGGACACACGCCCGGGAAAAAUCGUUCCCGUGUGAGAUGUGCGGGGCUGCGUUCCAAGAUGAGCAGGAACUGAAAUUCCACAUCAAGAGUCACAAGAAAAGACAAACGUUGGACAACACUGCUCUCCUGUCUUCUCCUGGGACUGUACUACAAGAGGACACGAUCAUUCCAGUGAAGGACAUUCCAGACGGACUCACAAAAGUGGGAGAAAAUUUUGGCUUUGCAGGGUUAAGUGUUGUCAAUCAGGAAUAUCGUCCCUGGAAAUAAUCUGACAAAUAUAUAUGAAUGUCGGCAGAUAUUAGUGGACCACAGGAAAAAAAAUCAAGUUUAAAUUAAUGCUGCUUAAUAAAAAUGUUCUAUUGUAAAGAGCUUAUUUAAAUAGACUUUGCUAUAAUUUAAAACUAUUUAUAUGUUAAAGAGUGUUGUUCGUUG